AUGAAAUACAAGAAAGAAAGUAUCGUAGAGGUGUUUGUGAAUGACAAAUUUAGUCACCAUUCAUGGCGUUAUGCUAAGAUAUUUUCCAACAAUGGAGAUAAUUAUAUUGUGAGUUAUGAUAUCUACCCUGAACUCCCAGAAUCUUGGGUUCCUGGUGAUGGAAUUGAAGUCUUUCACAAUCUUUCAUGGAAGAUGGCAAUUGUUUUGAAUGCGUUGAAUAUGGAACAAUUUAUUGUAAGAUUAGUUGGAUAUUCUCAAGAGCUCAAAGUAACCAAAUUGGAACUCCGUGUGCCACAAUAUUUUCAAAAUGGUGAAUGGAUUGUUAUUGACAAGUUUAAGACUUUAAACUCGAAUUCUUGUAAAGUUGAAAGUGUCAUGAGUUCUAGUGACAGUUGUAGCAUUAAUGCCUAUAAUGGGUUUGAUUGUUUUAAAGAUAUUGAAUGGUGUGAUAGUGAUGUAGAGUCUGUUUGUGAAAUGGAAUAUGAUGAUGAUGAUGACGAUGAUGAUGAUGAUGAUGGGUGUAUUUCAUUGGAGGAUGAAAUCCAUAGACUUGAUUUGAAUGCUUAUCGAUGCACAAUGGAGGCAUUAUAG